AUGGAGGGUCGCUGGGUGAUACAAUAUACAACAGCUACACAAACAAUUAAUGUUGAUUCAGUUGAGAGUCAACCGUUACAACAACAACAAUCAUAUUCAUCAAAUGAACCAUUCCGAACAUCUAUCACAGACCCUCUUGAACAUACAGAUAAUGAUCUUGGGUUAUUUUACACUGUAACAGAUGAUGAGCUGAAACGUAUCAGUCCAUUUGGAAAAUCAUUACCACUGGCAUUUCGAGAAGAAUGUGAAGCAUUCAAUGAAACAGCACUUAUGAUUCGUCAACCAUCGUUAGAUACUAUUAAAUUACUAAAACAAAUCGAUUGGUCUUUACCACCGUUGAAAGUUUUAUAUCAUCCAAAAGAGGCUGGUGUUGGAAUGACUCUAAGUUUAUUUCAUGUUAUACAUUAUGCAUGGAAAAAUAAAAUGUUACUAGUCAAUACACCGACAUGUGCUGAAGUACUUAAACUACCAAAAGAAGCAACGCCAUCACCGAAAAAUGAAUUACUCUAUGACACGCCGUAUGAAGCCAAACAAUGGUUGAAAACAUUUGCAAUUAAUAACGAAAACAUUUUGAAAGAAUCAGAUUUUCGAACAAAGUUUAAUUAUGAAUGGAGUACAAGAGAAUCGACACCGACUGGUACUCAUCUUCUUGAUCUUAUUGAUUAUGCAACAGAUCGUAUUAAAUAUGCAUCAGAAUGUGUUGGAGCAAUUGUCAAAGAAGUAAAAAGUCAAGUGAGAGAAAAAAAUUUGAAAACACUAGUAACAUUUGAUGGCGUCAAUAGUUAUUUUGGACCAUCUUGGAUAAUGAGGCCAGAUCACUCAACGUGUAAACCAGAUGAAGUAGUGAUGGUGAAAUAUUUGAAAGAAUUAUUAUUACCUGAUUGGAAUAAUGCGUUUAUAGUCUGUACAAUUGGUAGCAAAGAAUAUAUGAUACCAAGAAAACGUAGAAGAACAGAAUACAUUGUCUCUUAUCCCCAUUUUCGAGAGCAUCACCGUCAGAAAGGUGUUUUAAUGUAUGAUGGACCAAUGACAAUCAAAUCACUUCUUCGUACAGAAGGAAUCGAAGCAAUGGAACCAUUUGUUCCAAUAGAAGUUGGAAAAUAUACUGAAAAAGAGUUUGAUAAUCAAAUUCGAUAUUAUAUUGAUCGAAAUUGGAUACAAAAUUUGCGAGGUCGUGAAGAAGAAGGCAAAAAAGAAAUAUUAUUUUAUACAGCAAGAAAUCCAUAUGAAAUUAUGAAAUUUGUUAGUAUGCAUUGA